AUGAGCGCAGGCACCAACGUUUGCAGCCUGCAAGCCAACCUGACCGAAACACGCAGAGGAGGAUAUCAAUCUUAUCUGAUUGUAUUGGAGCCACUUGACAAUGUACCAACCGCAUCUAUCGAUGUUACUGAUCUGGUCAUGCUUCGCGAAAGAAGUUCACAAGUCUUCCACUUCUACAAGGAAGGCCAGGACGUUGCUUCCAAAUUUGACAAUCUGGCCAGCACUAUGUUCGAACGUAGGGCCUAUGGGGACAUGAAGCGUCAAAGACGCAAAAUCUUGCUUCAGCAAAUGGAUGCCCUGCAGCAAAAGAUGAAGGACAUUAAAAAAGAAGACAAUCGACUGAAAGAUGAGCUGCAGGAACAUCAGCAACUGUUGAGCCAUGAUUCCAACGAAUUGGAGAGGCUAUACAUGGAACAAAGGGGCAUGUUGCAGAGGCAGUCACCACUGAGCCAACUCCUCGAGUCUAUCGACAUUUCGAAGACGGAGUCCUUGCGACGUCGGAUGUGUCACGACCUUUCCCUCAUGUUGGCGAGCGAAGAUCCCCACAUCGACUCAAUGUCGAACGAAGCUGAGAAAUUGAUCAUGAAAGCCGCCUUCAAUGGCAACGUUGUGGCGUUGCAGCUCUUGUGCUCUCUUCACGGCAAAUCAACAGAUCUCAGCUUCGAAGAUGGAGCCGGACGAGCCAUCACCAAUGGCCGUCGACAAGCUGUCGAGCUCUUGCUCGAGGAAGCAAGCGCUGUCUGGCUUCACGAUGGUACUGUUCCUAGCGCGUUACAAUACGCGUCAAAACUAUCACAAACGUACAGCGCUGUAGCCGGAGUGGCCAAAGAGAUCCUCGAUAUUCUCUUAGCUCUUCCUACACCAGCACAGAACCAGGCGGGUUCCGCUCAGACACAAGCACUGACGGGAGGAGAACUUACAAUACCAACCGAUCAGUCGCUGUUAUCCAAUGAGGGGCCGUCGUCAAGUCAAUAUCCAAAGAAGGGGAAGACCCGGAUCCCUGCGCGCCUUGUUUCUAGGAGGGCUCUCAUUGACCUAGGAUACCCCCAUAUUGAGGAGGGUAAGACAAUUAUUGUCCUGAAGGCUCUUGGCCAGGAUAAUAUUGAUGAGUUGCUCACGCUAAGUGAAGAGUACAGGAUGAGUGAACGUGAGCAAUUCCAGGAUUCCGAGACAAGCAAACCCGACGCGAAAGAUCUCUCACGACCAGACGAUAUCGAGACCGUCGUCCGCGAGGCGAAACAAAGAUUCCGCGACACACUGCCCAAGGGCUACCUCAGCGAGGAAGAAUACAGGCUAUACGAGCGAUGGUACGGGCCACCGUUGCGAGAGACCUCUCCGGAGGAUGUGGGCAUAGAGUACCUGAACGAAAAGGUGUCCGAAGCACGAGUCCGGCAUGAUGGAUCAUCCGAGCCUGCCCUCCUUCGACAGGUCGAGGGCGGCUCCUACGAAGAGGUAUCCUACGUCCGCAAAGGAGUAUCGCAAACUCCAAACGAGGAGCUUGGCGAGAUCAUCGAAGACAACGUCACCUCCGAAAUAUCCACCGAAGUCGAGCCGACCGAAGAAGUCGAACCCGAGGAGCGGGAGAACUACAUCAACAUCGUGGCGAGAAACAAGCGAGAAUACGAUGCGCUCAUGAAGUUGCAGAAGGACUUCGAAGCCAACGCCCGCGCUUUCGAGGAGUCGGAGAGAGCGCAGGCUCUGGCGGAGGAGCAAGCACAAGAGGAGGAAGAUGCGCGAGACGAGGACCGAGAGUUCGACGAGGACGAAGAGGACCUUGACGAGAUGGAGGAUGGCAUCCAGGACCAGGGCAUCUCAAACCGUGCCGGUCGCCUGCACCCGCUCACCAGAGAUGGCCAUUUCUCGACAAACCCCUCCACCGUCGCACUGCCAUACGUUGGUUACAUCUCGCCUGUCACGACGAUGCUCGGCAGAACAGACAUCAAGCACGUGCAGGAAGCAGCAGAGAGAGCCUUUGGAGGCCCUGGUCUGCCGUACUCUCCCGCGACGCCUGCUUCCAAGAUGAACCUACCUCAGCAACCCGUUGGUAUGGCCGUGUGGCAAGCUAGGAUGUCAGAGAUUGACGCAGACGCCUUCGUCUCCACAUUCUUGCCACCCGCCUACGCCUCCGCCAUGGGCAGUCUUGUCGAGGUCCGCAAGCGCCUGGGUACGGAAUGGCUGCGCAAGCUGUUUGAAAGAGGUGACGGUGAAGGCCCCCGAGUUUUGGAUGUCGGCGCUGGAGGUGCUGGCCUUCUGGCAUGGCAAGAUGUCACCCGCGCUGAGUGGGAUGCCAUGAAGUCUCGCGGCGAGGUCACGGCAAAGGCACCUCCCGGAAAGCAGAGCGUGGUUAUUGGAGCUGAAAAGCUGAGAUUACGCAUUUCAAAGUUCCUGCAGAACACGACCUUCCUGCCGCGGCUACCGGAUUACAUCCACUCGUUCGAGAACCAGCACUUGCACGUCGACGCCAACCAGACUCCCCAGCCCAGGAAGAUGUUUGAUGUUAUUAUCGCAUCUCAUCUGCUACUCCCAGUCAAGGAGGGCCACAGACGCAAGGCCAUUCUCAACCAGCUCUGGUCCCUUCUCAACCCCGAGGGCGGUGUCCUCAUCGUCCUCGAGAAAGGGCAGCCGCGCGGUUUCGAGGCUGUCGCCGAGGUCCGUGAUCGCCUUCUGGACGAGUUCCUCAUUCCUCCUGGAGGUGAGGGACUCAAGGCCGAAGACGAAAUGGAGACAUCUGCUUUUAUCCGAGUAAAGGAGCCCGGCAUGAUCAUCGCACCCUGCACCAACCACAAGUCAUGCCCGAUGUACCUCGUUCCCGGCAGGAGCAAGGGACGUAAGGAUUACUGCCACUUCACCCAACGCUUCGUUCGCCCUCCUUUCCUACAAAAGAUCAUGGGCGCAACGCAGCGGAACCACGACGACGUGCAAUUCAGCUACGUCGCCAUCCAGCGCGGUGUUGCGGCGAAGGAGGGCGAGUUUGCCGGCGACGAAGCGACGGACCGCGCCUUUGAUGGUUAUGAAAACGCCGAAACCGCCCCCGACAUGCUCUCCCUACCUCGCCAGAUCCUCCCGCCCAUCAAGCGCCGCGGACACGUUACCCUUGACGUGUGCACGCCGUCAGCUCACAUUGAGCGAUGGACGGUACCCAAGAGCUUCAGCAAGCAGGCGUACCACGACGCGCGCAAGGCGAAAUGGGGUGACCUAUGGGCUCUAGGCGCGAAGACGCGGAUGCGCCGGAAUGUGCGUCUCGGCAAGCCCGAGGCUGAGGAUGAUGGCGGCGUUCGAGCCCAGCGGGCGAAGGAGGCGGCUCGCAGGUCGAAGAAGCCUGUGAACGUCGACCUGAAUGAGCAGGGUGUUGUUGGUGACCCUGACGCUAUCGCGAAGGCGGCGGAGCCGAGACGCCGAAAGAGCAGCAGGCAGACUGCCAGGCAGGACUUGAACAAGCGUGUUCAGAAUGAUGAUUAA